CAUUACCUUACCUUACCCAGCUUGCGGAGGGAACAAGUUCGGAGUGAACUGCACACACGACUGUAAGCGGCCCCAGCGAGACGACCAGUGUAUGGAGCUCCUGUUCUGCAUGCCCGACCCCUGGGGAUGCAGCUGCGCCACCGGAUUCCGCGGGGACGAGUGCGACGAAUUCUGUACACAGGGCAGGUUCGGCGCCGACUGUAACCAGAACUGCAACUGUAAAAACGGCUCCAACUGUAACAUCUACACCGGCCGGUGUCCGGACGGGUGCCGGGAGGGGUGGAAGGGUGCCACCUGUCAGGAAGAGUGCGCCCCAGGAGAGUUCGGGUCCGACUGCCUGCUGAAGUGCCACUGCCUGAACAACGAGACGUGUAACGGCGCGACAGGGCACUGUCCGCCCGGCUGUGCCGUGGGGUGGAUAGGACCCUCCUGCCAAGAGCCGGACGACUGUGUGACGAACGAGUGCCUGAACGGCGCCACCUGUAACGACCUGCGGGACGCCUACAACUGCAGCUGCCCCAUCGGCUGGAUCGGCCGCUUCUGCGAGACCAUGACGCCGGAGCCGUGCCGUGACCUGGAGCCGUGUGAGAACGGAGCCACCUGCGUGCCGCUCAGCGAGGAGGAGUACCGCUGCGACUGCGCAGACACGUACGAGGGACAGCACUGCGAGGUGCAGAACCUGCCUGAAGAGGCGGGUUCCCCAGUCGGAGCUAUCGUGGGCGCGCUGGUGGCAGUGCUGCUGAUCGGCGGGGUGGCAGGGGCGGCUUACUACUUCCUCAAGGUGAAGAAGAACAAGGGGAACGAAGGGAGGGUCUCACCUGAGGCGCAGGGAGACAGCGACGAGGAGUAGGGUUAACGGGUCAAGACGCAUUUUGAGGUGGCAGUGAAAGUGAUCAUUCAAUUUCACUUCCACUUCACUUUCAGAUGUCUAAAUUCUAUAAAGAGUCUAAAUGGAAGUUAAAAUGAUCUACUUGGAACUGUUUCAGUUUCACUUGCGAAAAUUCUCGCAUCUUAUUGAUUUGUCAGUUCAAAAUUUUCACAUUCAACUUUUCUUUUCAGUUCGAAACUACAAAUUUUAGAUGACAUUGUAAACAGUAUUUCAAAACAUCAUUUCAUUACAAUACCCGUCUGACCCACAUAAACGUGUAGGAAAAAUGGAGAAAUUAGAAAGAUAAAACCACAGGAAACUUUCAUUUCAAUGUGCAUAAAACAUUAUGAUUAACAGCGUAAAUCAACAGACACGUCUACAUCGGCAUUAGAGACUGACCGAAUUCAAGGACACCAAAACUAAGGAAGAACGCAAAACUAGUAAGAUAAACUACAGUGAACUGAAAUUUAUGUUAGUGGCAAAAUUGCCCAAUUACACUUACAUGUGCAUGUUCUGCAAAGCAGAGCAUGGGCCUCAAAGAACCUUUGAACCUUGUGAUAGAAUACCGUUACAACACGUCGCUUUAACUUUAAAACAUCAUAAAUGCUUUUGGAAAUGUUAAAUAGUCAGAAAGACGACAUAGAGAGACUAUAAGCUGGCUGGCAUAUCUUUGCCAUCAUUGUGAUAAUUCUUAUCAUUACAAUAACAACAACUUGUUUAUUAUUUGGGGUUUUAGAAUCGAAUAGAAAUGCAAAUUUGUUAAUAAUCUUUAUCUUAAUUGACAGAGAAGACAAUAAGUACUUUAGGGUGACGGUGUAAUAUGUUAUAUGUGACAAGGACUAUGACGUCUUGCAUUCAAGUAGAAGUCAGAAUUAUAUAAGACAAGCAAAAGUUCAAUAUCACAAAUUCUCCAGUAAUAGGAGGAAAUUUUUAGUCACAAAUUUUUUAGUCACCAAUUUUUAGUAACAAAAUUUUUUAGUCACAAUUUUUUUUAGUAACAAAAUUUUUUAGUCACAAAAAUUUUAAGUAACUAAUUGGAGAAGAAUAUUGGGAAUUCUACAAAACUCUCCAAAGUCACAGUAUAAUCAAGACAAUAAAAUUUACUUUUAGCUGAAACUUAGAUUGCAAUUUCUUACGAAGAUAUAAAAAUGCAUAUUGCCACAUCAACUAAAUCUUGGGUUAGAGGUAUUUAGAAAGUUCUGACUUUGUCGAAUGGGACAGACGAACUGACUGACUGACUGACAAACAAGGACGGAAACACGUGACUAGUUACGUAGCGACGGAAACAACCUACGUCACAAUACGUCAUCAAAAUGGCGGGGAUAGCCGACCAAAGAGCACCGAUUUUUUUUCUAUCGUUUUCUUUCAGCGAUUUCGGUGUAUAACGUAACCUAGCCUAUGAUGUCGCAGAUAAUAUCAGGAUUAUCUGAAACUGCCGACAUUUUGGUGUGCGAUGUCACCGAUCUACGACAGUUAAACUUCGUCAUGUCUUCGACUUAAUGUCAGAACGUGACGAUGAUCUUGGCUUCAAAUGAACCGUAGAUAUUCUGCCAUCUCAUAAGCAACGUUCGAUGAUGUAGGUGACGUAGGCUGUACCAGCAAACUGACGCGACGGAACUAUGUUUGUUGCAGACGCCUUCUGGUCAAGAAGCGCAUUCGGACCGAAGUAUGCAAUGGAAAUUCAAAGCCAUAAAACUAACGUUAUUGUACUUCCCUCAGGGUUGCUGUUUGUUAUAUCUGUCAGAUGUCUACGUCCUUCUUUGUAUAUUUAUGUUUUAGGUCUUCUUUCACAUUACCGGGGAGCAUUGAGAGACCCACACUAUUUGUAUUGCCAAUGGCGUGAUACAUUGAGUAUCAUCCACGAUGUAAAUGAAUUUAAGUAUUAUUUUUAAAAAGUAUGAUUUGGAAGACAGAAAAAGGCACACAAUUUGGAAUCUACAAGUCAUGAGAAAUAAACUUAGUUUAAAAUUCUAAACAUUUUUGGUCUUUCAGUGCUCAAUAGUGAA